AUGGGGUUCAGAAACACUGCAGGCCCUGAUGGACAUCAAGCAGUGGCUGCAAGAGUCCAGGCAGAUCGUGCAGUGUUCGCCAACUGUCGUUUUGAGGGCUACCAAGACACUCUAUACGUCCAAGCCCACAAACAGUUCUACAGGAGCUGCAUCGUUAGUGGCACAAUUGACUUCAUCUUUGGUGAUGCAGCUGUGGUGUUCCAGAACUGCAUCAUGGUUGUGAGGAAGCCAAAUGACAACCAGCAGAACAUGGUGACAGCACAAGGGAGAGAGGACAAGCAACAAGCCACUGGAAUUGUGCUCCAGAAGUGCACAAUCAAACCUGAUGACAAACUGGUCCCAGUAAAGGACAAGAUCAGGAGCUACCUUGGAAGGCCAUGGAAGGAGUUCUCAAGAACCAUUGUGAUGGAAUCAGAAAUAGGUGACUUCAUUCACCCUGAUGGAUGGACAGCUUGGAAUGGAGACUUUGCUCUCAAAACAUUGUACUAUGCUGAGUAUGGCAACACAGGACCUGGUGCCACCACCACCUCUAGGAUCAAGUGGCCUGGUUACAAAGUCAUCAGCAAGGAAGAGGCUUCCAAGUACACUGUGGGCUCUUUCUUGAGAGGCACAUGGGUCCAGGGCACAGGAGUUCCCGCUACGCAAGGCUUGUUUAGCUAUGAUUAUUACCACCAUUCAGAGUAG